AUGAGUUCUACCGACCUUUCAAGCCAGGGCAAUGGCUCUUCGGAGCUUACCGUGACCGUUCUUGGGUGCGGCACAAUGGGCAUAGCCAUCCUGUCAGGUAUCCUGGCCUCGCUGCACGACAUGCAGGGCCGUGUAGUACUGGCGCCGUCGUCGUCAGGCACAUCGACGCCGCAGGUGCCUGAGGAGAUGCCGGCGCGGCUGCCGUCGCGGUUCAUCGCGUGCGUGCGGCGGCCCGAGAGCGCCAAGAAGGUCAAGUCGGCGCUACGGGAGCACCUGGGCGCCGUGCGCAUUGUGCAGAACGACAACGUGGCCGCCGUGCAGCAGGCCGAGGUCGUGCUGCUGGCCUGCAAGCCCUUUAUGGUCAAGGACGUGCUAGGCGAGCCCGGCAUGGCCGCCGCCCUGUCGGGCAAGCUGCUCAUCAGCAUCCUGGCCGGCGUCGGUGAGGCCCAGCUCGAGCGGACCCUCUAUCCCGACGGCGGCAGCAACUCUGAUUCUACUGCUGCGACGACGACCAGGUGUCGCAUCGUGCGCGCCAUGCCCAACACGGCGUCGCUGAUCCGCGAGUCCAUGACCGUCAUCAAUACGCCGAGCCCACCGCUGCCGCAGGAGACGAGCGACUUGGUGACGUGGAUCUUCCGGCGCAUCGGCGAGGUGGUGUACCUGCCGCCGGCCAACAUGGACGCGUGCACGGCGCUGUGUGGGUCGGGCCCGGCCUUCUUCGCUCUGAUGCUCGAGGCGGCCAUCGACGGCGCCGUGGCCAUGGGCCUGCCGCGUACCGAGGCCCAGCGCAUGGCCGCCCAGACCAUGCGCGGCACCGCCGGCCUAGUCCUCAACGGCGACCACCCCGCCCUGCUCCGCGACAAGGUCAGCACUCCUGGCGGCUGCACUAUUGGCGGCCUUCUCGUGCUCGAGGAGGGCCGGGUCCGCGGCACCGUCGCCCGCGCCGUCCGCGAGGCCACCGUCGUCGCGAGCCAGCUCGGCAAGGGCGUCCAGGGCGUCAACGGCACGAGGUUCUCGAGCAGCCAGCUAGACUAG